GGCUGGAGUGCUCGGGAGACUCGACGAGGGGCCGAGGGGAGCGAGCGGGCGCCCCAGUCUCCUUCCCCUCCCCUUCCCUUGCCUCGCCGCCUUCUCCUCUGGCCGCCGGACCGGAACUAUGUGAUCCCGGAAGUUCCGGUGCCACUGCUGUGUGGGAUAAACAGUAAUGGCGGAGGCUGCAGCUCCCGGAACAACAGCCACAACAUCAGGAGCAGGAGCGGCAGCGGCGGCGGUGGCAGCGGCCUCCCCCACCCCUAUCCCCACAGUCACCUCCCCGUCCCCGGGGGCGGGGGGAGGGGGAGGCGGCAGCGACGGCUGCAGCGGCGGCUGGACUAAACAGGUCACCUGCAGGUAUUUCAUGCAUGGGGUUUGUAAGGAAGGCGAUAACUGUCGCUACUCGCAUGACCUCUCUGACAGUCCGUAUGGUGUAGUGUGCAAGUAUUUUCAGCGAGGAUACUGUAUUUACGGAGACCGCUGCAGAUAUGAACAUAGCAAGCCACUGAAACAGGAAGAAGUGACUGUGGCAGAUCUAACUGCAAAAUCAUCCCUUGCUGCUUCCUCAAGUCUCUCAUCGUUAGUUGGACCAGUUGUUGAAAUGAAUACGGGCGAAGCCGACUCACGAAAUUCAAACUUUGCAAGUGUAGGAGCAGGUUCAGAAGACUGGGUGAAUGCCAUUGAGUUUGUUCCUGGCCAGCCCUACUGUGGCCGUACUGCCCCUUCCUGCACUGAAGCACCCCCGCAGGGCUCAGUGACCAAGGAAGAAUGUGAGAAGGAGCAAACCGUGGCUGAAACAAAGAAGCAGCUUUGCCCGUAUGCCGCCGUGGGAGAGUGCCGGUACGGGGAGAACUGCGUGUAUCUCCACGGAGACUCCUGUGACAUGUGUGGGCUGCAGGUUCUCCAUCCCAUGGACGCUGCCCAGAGGUCACAACAUAUAAAAUCCUGCAUCGAGGCCCAUGAGAAGGACAUGGAGCUCUCGUUCGCUGUCCAGCGCAGCAAGGACAUGGUCUGCGGGGUCUGCAUGGAGGUGGUCUAUGAGAAAGCCAGCCCCAGCGAGCGCCGCUUUGGGAUUCUCUCCAACUGCAGCCACACUUACUGUCUCAAGUGUAUUCGCAAGUGGAGGAGUGCUAAGCAAUUUGAGAGCAAGAUCAUAAAGUCCUGCCCAGAAUGCCGGAUCACAUCUAACUUUGUCAUUCCAAGUGAGUACUGGGUGGAGGAGAAAGAAGAGAAGCAGAAACUCAUUCAGAAAUACAAAGAGGCAAUGAGCAACAAGGCGUGCAGGUAUUUUGAUGAAGGACGUGGGAGCUGCCCAUUUGGAGGGAACUGUUUUUACAAGCAUGCGUACCCUGAUGGCCGUAGAGAGGAGCCACAGAGACAGAAAGUGGGAACAUCAAGCAGAUACCGGGCCCAACGAAGGAACCACUUCUGGGAGCUCAUUGAGGAAAGAGAGAACAGCAACCCAUUUGACAACGACGAAGAGGAGGUUGUCACCUUUGAGCUGGGCGAGAUGUUGCUUAUGCUUUUGGCCGCAGGUGGGGACGACGACCUGACAGACUCUGAAGACGAGUGGGACUUGUUUCAUGAUGAGCUGGAAGAUUUUUAUGACUUGGAUCUAUAGCAGCUUUGCGUUGUGCACUGGUCUGCCGAGCCUCAGCCAGGAGCCGUCCCCGUGGUGGUGUGGCAGUGCCCGUGUUUCUGUCCUAGGCAGGCCUAUCCAAUCCAGGUGCUGUCGUGGUCCUUUUUACCCAGGGCCUGUCUUCUCGUCCCCUCACCUUCCCCCAAGGAGUGUGUUGUCUCCUCUGUUUCCAGAAGUUACAAAAAUAAAUCUUAAAGCUAGUUUUUUUUCGUAACAUGGAUUUAACUGUCAGACAGAGUAGGUUAGUUGCGCCAUCUGUUUCCCGCCAGAUUCACACGGUUCUAGGGUAGCGUUUACGGACUUUUCCACACUCUACUUUGAGGACCCCGGGUUCAAACGUAACAGCGCGGGCCCCGCUUUCGGGUCCAAGAAUAGGGGUGACAGGUGAAGGGUCUGGACUGUGGCAAGUAGCCUGCUGCAGACUCACAAGGUGGAUGCUUGAGGCUUCUGGUGAAAUCUGCACAUCUGUUGUGUUUUUACAUCUAUCUGUUCCCUACCCUGUACUUCCCACCUGUGCCCUUGUUCUGUGGUUUUGGUCUCUUGUUUAAUUGUACACAAGUAAUAAUUACGGGGUAACCAGAACCAGGUGCGAAUGUGUUGAGAUUUUUAUCGUGCAGCACGAUAGGCAGAUUGUGAAAGAACACAUACAAAAAGAUAGAGCGGCGUAAAAGAAAUGCAGAGCCGGAAGUGGACUCCCAGGGGCUGCUGGACUUGGUGUGCACGAGUGUGAGCGUGCGAUAAGCUUCUCCCUGCAUAGACACAGUGUUCUUAGCCUUAGUGGAAAGGCUUGGUUUAGUGGUUUCAGCCUAGUGUGGCCAAUAGAUGGUAAAGGACAAAGCAUGUCUUGGUAGCUGUAAAUAGCAGUGCGCCUGGUUGUCCCACACAUUCAACCCCGGGCUCGGAUACACAGUUGUAUUUAAUGUUUUACGGUCUCCUCGCCUUUCCAGGCCAGGCACUUUUGGACAAACCUUUGUCCUUGUUUCAGGUUUCAUUGUUGGGUUUUUGUGUUUGUUUUUGGAAGUAUUUUACUCCUUCCAUCCCUGAGCUUUGCAGGCAGACAGAUGUGAUUCAAAACUUAAUAUUCUGACACGUUUCUUUUAGUGGAGUAAUUGGUGCGCAGGAGUAAGUCACGCUUUCCCACUGAACGGGGGCAGGGCUGGUAAUCCACGAGACAGGCUAAAGUUGAGUUCUUACAAGAAUUUCUUGAUUGGAAAUUUUAGCUUUGAGUUGUGUUGCUCUAGUUUGGGAGAUAACUUGGAGAUGCUCCUCAUUGGUCCAUCCACUGCUGUGAUUCCUUGGGUCCCGCCCAUUCUUUCACUUUAAGAGAAAACAAGUAACUGUUGCAGAGGUGUCUGUAUUUUGCAGCUGCCCUUUUGUAAGAAGCACUUUUCCCAAAUAAAACAAUUAAAAAAA